GUCCGCGCACCCGCGGUUUGGAAUUCUCGUGGUUGGUUUUAGUUUAGGAUUCACACACACACACACACACACACACACACACACACAUUAAUAUAUAUUUAUAUAUAAUAUAUAAUCAGCAGAUCGAAAGUUGGCUCAGUUGAUUGAGCGCCGGUGGUAAAGCCGUGAGAGCAGCAUGGUUCGGGCAAGACGAGUUGUGCGAAGGCUCAAAGCAAAAAAAGUUGAAGAGUACGACAGUGAUGAUCCUGCCCGCUAUGAAAAUGAGGAAAUUCCAGAUAAGAGAUCAUCUGAGAGUAUGCAGGAUAAAAUAGAACAUUUCCACAAUGCAAAAAUCUCAAAUCUUUUGGCUCAAGGUGUGCAGCUGGACAGUGAACAAGAGGAUGAGGCAGAUGAGGAAGAGGUGAUGCCCUUAACACUCGAGGAUUCAGAUGAUGAGGAGGAAGAGGAGAACAGCAGCAAUGAAGGGCACGAAGAGACUGAUAUGGAAAGUGACCUGGAAGGAAAAAGGGACGAUGAUCUGCCAAAUGACAUGGCCUGGGGGAGCAAAAAGAAAAUGUAUUAUGACUCUGAUUAUACCACUAAAAAAGGAAAGCCGUUGGAGGAGGUGGAAGCAGACGAUCAGGAGGAAGAAGAGGAAGCUAAGAACAUUCAAAAACGCUUAGUGGCCAACUUGAGUGAGGAAGACUACGAUCUAAACCUGCUCCAGGAGUUUGCAGUAGAAAUAGAUGAUGAGAAGACUAAAAAGGCUGCAGAGAAAGAGCAAAGGAUUGUUAAAGACCUAAACACAAUGUCCCAGAAAGAGAAGCUCAAACUGCUGAAGAAGGAGAGUCCAGAGCUGCUGGAGCUCAUUCAGGAUUUCAAAGCUAAAAUGACAGAACUACGAGAUGAGAUACAGCCCAUCGUGCAGAAUGUAAGAAGCAGACAGAUUCCACCAGGAAAGGGGACAAAUUACCUGAUGACCAAGCACCAACUUUAUCUUAACUAUUGCACAAACAUCAGUUUUUACCUGGUUUUAAAAGCCAAGAGAAUUCCAGCACAUAACCAUCCUGUGAUCGAGAGAUUGGUGACCUACAGAAAUUUAAUUAAUGAACUAGGAGCUGUUGAUGCCAGACUCGCCCCUCAACUUCGUCAGCUGCUCACUGAAAACCAACAAAUGAGACCAGCUAAAAAAACACAGAGCAUCAAAAAAGAAAAGUCUGAGGUUUUGAAGGUGGCAGAUAUGGAGAAGGCUGAAGAGUCUGACUCGGAUGAAGAGGCAGCCCUGCUUUUCUACAAGGGCAUUGAGGAGAGACUGAAGCUGAAGAGAAAGAAUAAGCAGCUGCCAGAGGAUGGGUUAAUGAUUGAGCAGGAGGAGGAGGAGCAGGAACAAGAAGAGAUGGAUGGAGAGGCUAAAAGGGGUAUUACAUACCAGAUGGCCAAGAACAAAGGACUCACUCCAAAGAGAAAGAAAAUUGACCGGAAUCCCAGAGUCAAACACAGAGAGAAAUUUAGACGUGCCAAGAUUCGCAGGAAGGGUCAGGUUCUUCAAGUUCGGCGUGAGGAGACAAGAUACAGUGGAGAACUGUCUGGAAUCCGUGCUGGAAUUAAAAAGAGCAUCAAGCUCAAAUGAUCAAUCAUUUCAUAUAAAGCAGUUAAAAAGUCAAGACCAUUUAUUUUGGGUAAUAGCAGAUGUUUAUUUGCAAACCAUUUAUGACAUGUACAUCCAUUAAACAAAAAAUAGAUGUAAACAAAAAUGUAUCAUGCAGCAGCGAUUAUACUGACUUAUUCUGAAACUGUUUUUUUUAACGGUUCAGUUCUGCUUCCCUGUUGAUGUCUGAGGGAAAAAUUAAAACAGGUUAUUUGAUACAAACCAAUAAUUAAAAUGAUUAUUUAUGGGAAGUCA